CUGUUGCUUGUUGUUGGACAGGGCGGGUCACAUCAGAUGAGCGACGAUCGCAAUAUCAUACGGACGUACCGUGUCUGGAAGACAGUCCACCAGCUCGUGCACGACCGCGGCUAUGAUAUGGCACAGGAAGAGCUCGACCUCUCCAUCGACCAGUUCAAGCAGACAUACUGCCCGUCUGGCCUCGUGGACAAGACACUUAUGAGUUUUUAUGCACGCGCGCCGGAAGAAAAGAAACUGGGGCAGCUGUAUGUUGCGUUUUGCAAAGAGUCAAGUGUCGGUAUUGCGGCGAUGCGACAAUUUGUGCAGACGUUGAGUGAGAAUAAUCACAAGGUCGGCAUCUUCAUCUACGAAAAGAGUAUGACGCCUUCUGCCAAUAAGAUUGUGGCAGGCGUACAAGGACAGUUCCAGAUUGAUACGUUCCAAGAAUCCGACUUGGUCGUCAAUAUCACCCACCAUGAACUCGUGCCGCGUCACAUCAUCAUGACGAAGGAAGAGAAGCGGGAGCUUCUUGAUAGGUAUAAGCUCAAGGAGACACAACUACCACGAAUCCAAGUGGCGGAUCCAGUUGCGCGGUAUUAUGGUUUGCGGCGUGGCCAGGUGGUCAAGAUUAUCAGACGAUCAGAGACGAGUGGACGGUACUCUUCCUACCGCAUCUGUGCAGGCUAGAUGU